AUGAUGCUGGAGCUGUACGAGGCCGGAUACUUUGGUGAUCCGAGCAUCAAGUUUCAAAUCGGGAUCAAGACCGCUUACAAACACUUCAAGGAUUUCAUCAAGGAGAAAAAGAUCCAGUGCAGCCAACCGUGUUUCACAGAGAAAAAGGUUUGGCAGGAUGGCGAGCCAUGCUGGAACUUAAAAGCCUAUAACGGAAGAGUAGUUGCUUCCUGGCUCAGCAGCUGUGCGGUGGACUUGGCUAAGAAGUUUGUGGACAACGAUGAUUUCAAGCUCAUGGCCUUUUGUAUGUAUAGUGCUCAGUUUGUUUAA